AUGGUCGUCUAUCGUUCUAUCGCUUCCAAGUAUUUGAAACGACGACAAAAAGGAUAUCAGCGGGAGGAAGCGGGUUGGAUCUACUUGGUUAAGGGAAAGUGGAAUGGGGAAGAAUUUUUGAAGAUUGGACGUUCGAUUAACGUUUCGAGACGGUUGAAGGAGCACAAAAGGUGUAAGAUCAAUGAUUGGACUGUCUUAGGGAAAUGGUGGGUCCCUCUAAGCCAUAGAACUGAGGCCCUAAUCCAUCUCAGCAUGCGAUUGUUAGGGUUUAGGAAAGCGGGUCAGCGAUGUCGUUGUGGCAUAUCUCAUCGAGAGAGGUUCGUCUUCAACGCCAGAGGAGGCGAAAGGUUGGCUAGAUCAUUAAUCUACCUGCAUCUCUAA